AUGCCCGCCCAGGAGCCUAUUGAAGUUGUCGACGACGAGGAUGCCGAGGGUUUCGAAGAAGUCGAUGAUGAAUUUGCAAAUUCAAGCCAACAACUUGAUGAGGAUGAAGCCAUCGACCAAUCGAAUAUCAUGAACGAUCGGACUCGUCACGCACAGCCGCAGACUUCGAGUUGGUAUAGUGAGGCGAACGAGGAUGAUCUACCCGAGGAAACACUGUGA